UUCGGUGUGGGACGUAAAAUAUACCUGCCAUUGAUUUCAAUUUUCAGGUACAGUUACUCUCAAUCUGAGUUUUGCCACUCUUAUGGUCCCUGCAUGGUCUUCUUCAACCUCACCAUUCCAAAUCAUCACCUCCCAGCGCACAUUAGCGAACAACACCUCACACUCCCACACACUCUCUCUGACACUAUCGAAUCCCUAAUGCCAAUCCCAAAUUCAACCUCUCUCUAAUCUAACCUCUUCACGCCUUCUUCAUCGGGCUUGCUUCGCCGAUUCACUGCAAGCUCCGCUGCGAUUCUCAUAACCACAAUGAUGGGCUCCGAGAACCACACCGUCGAUGACCACCCUCUAUCGGCGCCGCCAGACCAAAUGGAAAACCUCGCACUCCACGACAGCGACCACGACGCCGGAAAAUCCACCUUCUCCUCUGCUUACCGCAGCGCCUUCACCACUUUCUCGGAAUCGAACCACCACCCGCUCUCGCCGCCUAUUGUCUCCACGCCGGCAGACUCCGAUCCCCUCCUCUCCCCGCCGCAGUACUUUCCAAACCCUAACUCCCCCGACGCUUCCUCUUACAUCGACCCUCCUUCUUACGCCGAAGCCGUUUUCACGUCCUUUGAUGGCGAAACAAAUGGCGUCGACGCUCCGUCGCCGUCACUCUCCCUCUCCGUCUCUCGAUCUCCUUCUUCGAGCUCUGAGUUUUUGAAUAUAACCGUUUCGAACCCCAUCAAGGAGCAGGAAACCUCUAAUUCGAUUGUUCCGGGAAGCAACAGUUACGUGACCUAUUUGAUCACCACGACGACGAACAUUCCCGAAUUCGGCGCCUCAGGCGCCGAAUUCGGUGUCCGGCGAAGGUUCCGUGACGUUGUCACCCUUUCGGAUCGGUUGGCGGAGGCGUACCGCGGGUUUUUCAUUCCGCCGCGGCCGGAUAAGAGCGUGGUGGAGAGCCAGGUGAUGCAGAAGCAGGAGUUCGUGGAACAGCGAAGGGUGGCGCUGGAGAAGUACCUGCGGCGGUUGGCGGCGCAUCCGGUGAUCAGGAAGAGCGACGAGUUGAGGGUGUUUUUGCAGGUACAGGGGAGGCUUCCACUGCCGUCGACGACCGAUGUGGCGUCGAGGGUGCUCGAUGGCGCGGCCAAGCUUCCAAAGCAGUUGUUGGGGGAGAGCGUCAUUGCGCCGCAUGAGGUUGUGCAGCCUGCGAGAGGAGGCAGGGAUUUGAUGAGGCUGUUCAAGGAGUUGAGACAGUCUGUGGCCAAUGAUUGGGGAGGUUCUAGGCCUCCGGUUGUGGAAGAGGAUAAGGAGUUUCUUGAAAAAAAGGAAAAAAUUAACGAGCUUGAGCUGCAGAUUAAUGGUGCAUCUCAACAGGCUGAGUCACUUGUCAAGGCACAGCAAGAUAUGGGAGAGACAAUGGGUGAAUUAGGGCUGGCAUUUAUUAAAUUAACAAAAUUUGAAAAUGAAGAGGCUAUCUUGAACACUCAGAGGGUACGGGCUGCUGACAUGAAAGGUUUAGCAACAGCUGCUGUCAAGGCUAGCAGAUUAUUUCGAGAAUUAAAUGCUCAGACUGUGAAGCAUUUGCAGGAUACACUUCAUGAGUACCUUGGAUUAAUGUUGGCUGUUCAUAGUGCAUUCUCAGAGCGUUCAAGUGCACUAUUGACUGUGCAGACUCUCCUAUCUGAGUUGUCUGCUUUGCAGUCAAGAGCCGAAAAACUAGAAGCAGCCUCAUCUAAAAUUUUUGGGGCUGACAAAUCAAGGGUUCGUAAGUUGGAGGAGCUACAAGAAACUAUAAGAGUGACUGAAGAUGCCAAGAAUGUUGCAACCAGAGAAUAUGAGCGCAUCAAGGAACACAAUAGGAGUGAACUUGAAAGGAUUGAUAAAGAGAGACAGGUUGACUUCUUAAACAUGUUGAAAGGUUUUGUAGUUAAUCAGGUGGGGUAUAAUGAGAAAAUAGCAAAUGUGUGGACAAAAGUUGUUGAAGAUACGCGUGGAUAUGUGGAUGAAAGCACUUGAUCUGUGGCUGUAAAUUAAAAUCUUUAUUUAUUCAUUGAUGUGCCACUCUCCGGAAAUAUGUCUGUAGUCAUGACAAUAAAUUAACGGAAGCGCUUUGUGGGGUUUCUUAGGCUCUUUCUCACACUUGUACCUCAAACAACAUUUCUUAUACAUCAUCAAAAGCAUACUUGCUGUUGUACAUUA